AUGACAGACGCAGCUCCUUCUGACCCCCUCGCUGGCCUCGACGACAUUGACUGGGCCAGCCUGCAGCAUGCAUAUGGCAGCGCAGAAGACGUUCCAGCCCUGCUGAAAGCCUUACGGUUUCACGACAAGAAAGAACUCGAUCGAGUUUACUUUGCCUUGUCCAGCAACAUCCUCCACCAGGGAACUCGAUAUCAAGCUACUUCCUAUGCGGUCCCCUUUUUGUACGCCUUGCUUGACGCAAAAGACACACCUCGUCGCGAAGAUCUGCUCUACUACCUCGUCAACGUUGCCCUGGGCCAUCCCUCUGCCUCCGUUCCGUCAGGCGUCGAGAUUACCAAAUGGCGAACCCUUGUGGCGAAAACUCAGCAGCCGAACUUUGCAGAAGACGAGAGACGAAAGAUGGACGAGUAUAUCGCUGCAGCUACCGAUGAUAAAGAUCGCCAGCGCCGCGAAGAGGAGUCCCUGUUUAGAUUGUCGCCUGAGAAGAUGGCAGAAAGAACGCUAAACGGACUCCGAGCUUAUGAUGCGAUCCGGGCUGGAUUAGACUCGGUGUAUCAAUGCUUGAGGGACGACAAUGCUGAUUUGAGAGCGGUGGCUGCUUUUUGUCUGGGCUUCUUCCCUGAGAAUAAAGUCAAGGCUGAGGGUGAGCUUUUGGCUCUUUUAGGCCACGAGGAGGACGUCGCAGUCCGUGGCACCGCGUUGAUAUCGAUUGCCCUACUCCAAGCUCCAUCACCAGGAGAUCUUGUGCAGACCGAGGUGGCACAAUACCUGAAAGCAAGUUUCACCAAUCAAGAUAACGAUCAGGCAUCCAAGUGGUCUAGCGCCAUCGGCCUCGCGAUUCUUCGGAUCUAUGAACCAGAAACCAUCAACACAAUACUCCAGGCAAUCUCAGACGACAACUAUCUGAGCAUCUUGCAACGCGACCACUGCAAAAGAUUCCCCUUUGCAUAUCCAGACCUGGCUUCGCUGGCUGCCUCCGUUCUGAAAGUCAAGGGCAGCGAGUUCCCCCAAGUCACUCGAAUCACUUUAGCCCAGCUCGAGGGCUCCAAGGGGCAAACGACAUGGUAUCUCACAGAGCUGUUGUUGGAGUCAGCUUUCGACGGAAAGCCUCUCUCGGGGACCAAGCCAUUCUCGGAGUUGACCGAGCUUCAGCAGGAGACACUGCGAGCUUUGGUUAGACUUGACCAAACCACCUGGAGCUGGGGUAACUUUGUUCGGAUAUUGAGAGAGGGGGGAGUUCCAUCCACCCAGGAGGCUCUGAAUGUUUACAUCGAUGGAAAGGAAUGA